UUGUCAUUGAAGUAGACCGUUGGACUCACGAAAGUGUCAUUACGCUAACUACUAAACCCAACAGUUCUACAUUGCGCCGAAGGAUUUUGCCAGUAGUUACUCAAUAACCUCCCUGACGAUCGCACAAUCAUGGAUAGCUGAAGUAAAUGGUUUAUGUAAUCUUGUGCACUGGAAAUAAUCCGUGAGAGUGUCUCUUCUCAGUUGUUGGUUGUCGAGACCAGAAGUACGAGGAUAUUAUUGCGGAAUGUCAGUGAGUUUGAAUUUGAAAAAAAUCAUUUUCGCGUAUCGUUAACGGAGAAUUGAAAACAUCUCAAGCAGUUCUACCAUGGAGGAUCCAAAUUCAGCUAGUCCCGAUGAAGGAUUUCUUCAUUGGCCCGAUUGGUUGGCAAUUGGAGUGAUGUUGGCUGCAUCAGCAGCAAUCGGUGUCUACUACCGUUUCACCGGAGGCAAACAAAAAACAGCAGAGGAGUACUUCACAGCUAAUCACUCGACAGGAGUUGGAUUAUUAUCAAUAGCCAUGAUGGUGGCAUUUCUAUCAGCAAUUUCUUUGCUAGGCUCAAGCGGUGAAAACUACACAUACGGAUGUAUUUUCAAUCUCAUCUACGGUGGACUGGGUUUUGGUACACCAAUUGUCGCUUAUUUCUAUCUCCCUGUUUUCUGGGAACUUCAAGUGAUGAGUGUCUUUGAGUAUUUAGAACGACGGUUUGGUGUCACUGCCAGGCUAGUUGCCAGUCUAGCUAAUUUUCUGCAGACGAGUUUAUACACUGGUGUUGUCAUUUAUGCUCCAUCACUAGCCCUUGAAGCUACCACUGGAUUGAAUGGAACCACCAGUAUUCUACUAAUCGGGCUAAUUUGCACCUUCUAUUCAACAAUUGGUGGAAUCAAGGCUGUAAUCAUCACUGAUCUUAUUCAAGGUGCCCUCAUGUACAUCUGUGUCUUCUGCGUAAUUGGUGUUGCACUGAGUGAGAUUGAUGGUGGUGUUGCUAAAGUUAUUGAAGUAUCCUCGGAGGGUGGCCGAAUUAAUUUCUUCAACUUUCACGUUGAUCCCACAGAGCGACACACCUUCUGGUCCCUCAGUAUUGGAGGUACAUUUUUCUUUCUCUCACUAUACGCAACCAGUCAGGUGCAAGUUCAACGUAUGUUGACAGCCAAAUCAAUUGGCGACGCAAGAAAGGCAUUGUUCAUCAAUAUCCCCCUGACACUAUCACUCACUUCAACAGUAUCAUUCUCCGGUCUGGUAUUGUACACGUAUUAUCAUGAUUGUGAUCCUGUACUCGCGGGAAAAAUUAAAUCUCACGACAUGAUAAUGCCAUAUUUUGCCAAAGAACGUAUGACAAAAAUACCGAGUCUCACUGGUAUAUUCAUAUCUGGUGUAUUCAGUGCUAGUUUGAGUACAGUAUCAGCUGUUUUAAAUUCUCUCGCGGCAAUUGCAUUAUCAGACUAUGUCAAACCAAUAAUGCGAAAGUUGGGAAAGGAAUUGCCGGAUAAUAAAGCAGCAUUCUAUGGGAAAAUGCUUGCACUGUCUAUUGGAUUCUUGAGUUUGGCUGUUGCUUUUCUCGCUUCAACACUUGGAAGUUUGAUUCAGGCUGUUACCGCUGUGCAUGGAGCCAUUGGAGGUCCUAUUCUCGGAUUAUUCACACUAGGAAUGUUCUUUGAAGAUGCCAAUGAAACUGGCGCUGUUGUGGGCACUAUAUUUGCUCUUGCCUUCAAUAUGUGGGUGGCAUUCUCACCAAAGCCAGCACCCAUCAAAUUGCCGUUGUCCAUUGAAGGAUGCCCUAAUUCAACGCUUAUUCAUCCGACAACUCCAAUUCCAAUUAUUGAUGAUUCGUCAUUUCUCUACAUCCAUCGUCUCUCCUACCUCUGGUACACUCCAAUAGGGCUAUUUGUAGGUAUCGUUGCAGGAUAUAUUGCAAGUCUCGUUGUCAGAAGAUUCUCCAAAGUCCCAAUUUCACCACCCGAUCCGAGCCUAUUUACUCCGUUAAUCGCCGCCCGAAUUCGUAGAAGAUGCGAUAAAGAACCCACAACUGGCAGUCAAGUAUUUGUACUUGACACAAAAAAAUUUGACAACACUGAUUCGUGAGAAUAGACCGUUUUUGUUGUUAUUAUCUCCCAUAUCCAGUGAAUUAAGAGGACAGAUUUACUGUGUCUUUGUUACACUUUUGUAUGCAACGCCCACGAGACACAGUAAUAAUGAACCCAAGAUCACUUAAGAGAUAAGUGAAACACUAUUUUGUGUCGCAACUCAAUGAGUCAAACUCGACUAUUGUUACUGCUGUUUUGAAAUUGAAGGGAAAUAUAGAGAAAAAAUAUCAAUAAAUAAACUAUUUAUGAUCAAAGUCUUGAAAAUGAGGAGACUCGCUUUCCAGAGUUAAUGUAUAUCUCAGGUUUUCACUGCCAGGUUAAAUACCGUGGCGAUGUAUAUCAGAAGUGAAAAUAUACACUUAGUUCUUGGAUCUCCAAGUUAUCCUCUCCCUGAAUUAACACGUUUGAAGUUUACGCACACGUUAUGCAAAAAUCUUUUGGCUUGACUUUGCCUUUUAUAAACGGGGGAGCUCUAACAAGCACUGGACCAAGAUGAAAACGAUGAGAUGUGCAGGUAACCAUUAUACUUGUUGGUGUGCAUACAGCCAUCGGUAGCAUUAUUGACGUAGGCACACCCUGUGUGCAAAAGAGAGACAGCAACAUCGCGUGGGAAUUCAUUCCUGUUUUUCAAAUAUAACGUUUUGGUAGCUGUUUGGCCAGGCGGCCCACACGACAUGUUAAAAUGAUUAAGGGAUUGUUUUUCCGGGGAUAUGAAAAGUCCCUCUUUCACUAUUUUCUCUCAACAUUUGGCUUCAUUUUAACGCACGGGGGGGAAAU